UAGAGGGUAUUUAUGCAAAUUUAAAUUCUUAAAAAAAUAUUUAUGCAAAAAAAAUCUAAAAAAAAUAAUUAUUUGCGGAUCAAAGUCACGAGUUUUUGCAAGCCAGAAGAAUGAGGUAUGCAGCGACGUGUGUUAUGUUCGGGCUGGAUUGGGCCUAUGUGCAUGGACUUCGUUGGUUGCGCAAGCCGCCUUACGACGCUACCCAUGCUGCUUAAAGCUUGCAUGAUGGGCCUGAUAACUUGGAUCGAAUUGGAAUUUGGAUGGAUUUGAGUUUCGGGUCCGUCGAUGUUGAUGAGUCGAGAACCUCACUCGUCCGUGCAGGUUCGGCGGGGCGGUGGACCGAAACCCUUUCUAGUUUCUUCUCUCUUUCUCUCUCCCUCCCGCCGCUCUCCGCCAGGCGGCCGUCGUCGGAACGGCAGGGGAUGGCGUUCUGCGAGGCCCGCGAUUUCUUGUUCUGCGGCAUGUGCGGGACGCUUCUCUCCUUCGACUCGCUGGACUUCGCCGAGUGCCCUCUCUGCGGCUUCAAGCGCGCGGCCAAAGAUAUUGAAGGGAGGGAAGCACAAUACAUUAUCAUAGCCGAGGAUAUUAGAAGGGAGCUGAAGAUUGAGCCUUUUGUAGUUCUUGAAACAACUCCGGUCGAUGAAGCAGUGGUAAAUGAAUCAUGUCCUCAAUGUCAUCAUCCCCAGCUUGAAUAUUAUACCAGACAGCUACGAUCAGCUGAUGAAGGGCAGACUGUUUUUUAUGAAUGCCCAGAGUGCAGGCAUAAGUUUUCAGUCAACACAUGAGAAAAAUUUCUUAUUGCCCAACCGAUUUAUAGCAUUUUUGCAGAUGCUGCCUAAUUGUCUAGAUUAUAAAAUGUUAUAAAGAAGGUUUUUACAUGAGAAAAAUUUGAUGUGCUUGGUUGCUAAGCCUUGUACUGGGUAGUUGAAAAUUUUCAAACGAAACUGCCUUGGUAAACAUUCAUGCACAUUAUCAACAAACACCUGCCUCUUGUAACACGAUACUUCUAAUUAGAGGUGUGAACUUACCCUAAAAA